AUGAAUAAACACAACUACAGGCAAAUACCACUUCUUAUCGUCGAUAAUCUCUGCGCGGACGUGAUCGUUGGACACGACCUACUAAAAGAACAUUCUAAAAUUGAAUUUGAAUUGGGAGGUCCCCAUGAACCAUUACGCAUCUGCAACGUAAUGCAGUCCUCGGUGCCACCAGCAUCUAUUUUUACUAAUUUGUCACCUAACAUCAGACCUAUCGCCGUAAGGAGUCGUCGAUACAGUAUACAAGACGAAGAAUUUAUCAAGCAAGAAAUAUCAAAAUUACUGGAAGACGGUGUAAUAGAACCAAGCAUUUCUCCCUGGAGAGCACAAGUCCUAGUAGCGGGAGGUGGCGCUCAUCGAAAACGUCUAGUAAUAGACUACUCUAUGACUAUUAACAAGUUUACAGAAUUGGAUGCAUUCCCAUUACCAAACAUGGAAACGGUCGUCUUAAAAGUAUCGAAAUACAAAAUCUUCAGUCAGAUCGACUUAAAAAGCGCAUAUCAUCAAAUGCCCAUUUUAGAUAAAGAGAAAGUCUACACUGCUUUUGAAGCCUGCGGACAACUUUACCAGUUUACAAGAAUUCCAUUCGGUGUUACCAAUGGUGUAGCAGCGUUUCAAAGGACUCUAGACUUCAUCAUAACCAGAGAGAAACUAGAAGGUACAGUUGUAUACUUAGAUGACGUGACAGUAUGUGGUAAAGAUGAGUUAGAACAUGAACGUAAUCUAAAAAAGUUUAUGGAUGCGGCGAGAAAAUAUAACUUAACACUAAAUGAAAGAAAAUGUGUUUUUAAGAAAACAAAAAUCGAUCUACUUGGCUAUACUGUCGAAAAUAACACAAUCAAACCAGACGCUGAGAGAUUGAAACCCCUUUUAGAACUUCCAGCUCCCAUUAAAAACUCAGAACUCAAACGCGCUUUGGGAAUGUUCGCCCACUAUGCAAAAUGGGUUGAAAGAUUUUCGGAGAAGAUAAAACCUUUAACUUGUGUUUCAAGUUUUCCUUUAACACCUGAUGCUCUAAAAUGCUUCCAAGAGAUUAAAUCAGACAUAAAGAAAGCAAUAGAUGAUGAUGAAACUUUCACUGUUGAAACUGACGCCUCGGAUUUUGCUAUAGCCGCUACGCUUACGCAAAAGGGUCGUCCAGUCGCUUUCUUCUCUCGAACGCUUUCCAAUCCAGAAUGUCGACAUUCAUCAAUAGAGAAGGAAGCUUGUGCAAUUGUUGAAAGUCUUAAGAAAUGGAGACAUUUUCUGAUUGGGAAACACUUUCUUUUAAUUACGGAUCAAAAAUCAGUAACGUACAUGUUGAAUCAAAAUCACAAUAGCAAGAUUAAAAAUGAGAAGAUAAUGCGCUGGAGAUUAGAGCUAUCCUGCUACAAAUAUGACAUUAUAUAUAGACCAGGUUCGGAAAACACAACAGCAGAUGCUCUGUCACGAGUUUGUGCGUACAUGAACACCGACAAAUUAAAACAGCUUCAUAAUGCGCUUUGCCAUCCUGGAAAAAGAAGCCAUCGUGCGGACGAAUAUAUAUGUUUGGUAAAGAACGCAUUAACUAAAGCUGUAGCACAGUGCAUCGAAGCGGCCGGUUACGAAUUCGAUACUGACGUUCAAAAAAUGCUCAUACGGGCAGCACAAUUUGGGAAAUGUUUUGUCGAAAGCAUCGAUUCUGAGGAUUAUGUUAGAAUGUGUAGACUAUUGAGAGUUUUAAAUUCUGUUCGAGAUAGGAGGAUUGGUAUUCCGAUCACGUUUACAGAAUUGUUUUAUUCUGGUCAUAAAUUCUUAUUAGACAGACUGGUUACACGUCGUCAAUAUUAUCUAGCUAUAUGCAUUGCUAAGUAUUUAAAAAUGCCGGACAAGGAUGGUAGUAGUCGUAUUUUGGUUCAUUGGGCUAAGUAUAAGGUCAGCCAACCACAACUAGAUGAGGAAUCUGUAGCACGAGAAAUAGCAAAUAAGUUUGGUUAUGCAAGUGGUAUAUCGUACAGUGAUAUUGCGACUACGGCCGCCAAUUGUGGUCGAAAACAGUUGGCAAUUAAGUUAUUAGAUCAUGAGUCGAAAGCAAGUGAGCAAGUGCAAUUACUUCUGAAAUUAGACGAAAAUAAGCCAGCACUUCUUAAAGCUAUCGAGAGUGGAGACACUGAUUUAGUGUAUAUGGUGAUUUUAAGACUUCGUGAUAAUAUGCCAUUGGCCGAUUUUAAGAUGACAAUUCGAAACUUUCCGGUUGCUUUAUCUCUAUACAUCAAAUAUUGCCGCCAACAUAAUCCGCAAGCUUUAAAUGAAAUAUUCAUUCAAGAAGAUGAUUUUAAUUCACAAGCGCAAGGUUUUAUUUUGGAAAGCUUAGAUGAAAAGAAAACUCACACUCAAGACGCUUCGCUCACAUCAGCAGUUGAAGCUUACAAAAAAGCUAGAAAUGACGUGAGCUUUUCCAUAUGCGAGGAAGCGCUUAGGUUGUUGAAAUAUCAAAGAUCAUUAAAAGAUAAAAUCAAUGAGGAUCUUGUUGGUAAAUCUGUUCACGAUACCUGUACAAGGCUCUUAGAAUUAAAAGAUAUCAAGGAAGCAGAGAGAAUGAGAAGCAACUUUAAAAUACCAGAUCGAAGAUAUUGGUGGCUAAGAAUUAAGUGCCUCGCCGAUGCACAUGACUGGAUAGAGUUAGAAAAGUUUUCAAAAAGUAAAAAAUCACCUAUUGGAUAUGCGCAUUUUGUAGAUGUGUGCUUGGAGAAGAAUAACAUUUCUGAGGCUGUUAAAUAUCUUCCCAGAGUUAGUGAAGAUAUUAUUGUAAAAUACUAUGUAAAAGCAAAUAAACUCGAAGAAGCUGCCCAAAUAGCCUAUGAACAAAGAGACAUUCAAGGUUUAUUGUAUGUCCAAAGUAAAUCUGCGGCUCAAUCAAGUUUGUCAGAGAAAAUUAAUGCGCAAAUUUCAUUAUUGGGUGCGCGAAAGUAAGCGUAGAUGUUUUUUUAGUUGGCUAGGUAUCUUCUGUGAUGUAAAAAUAUGUGUUAUAGUCAAUUACUUUACUCAUACAUACAAUAUUUACUAAGCAUAUAAUGUAUAGGUACUAAGCAUAUAAUGUAUAGGUAUAUCUCAUGUAUACAAAAU